AUGGCCCGCCUCUCCUCCUCGUCCUGGACCCGCCCAGAUUCCCCGUUCGUAGCUAGGGGAGGUGUCACGGACUGGGACGUUAGGCAAUUCAUUGUCAUUGUCGUUGUCAUCAUUGUUAACGACCACUUCUUCAUCCCUCAGGGCUUGUUGGAUUGCUACCUCUAUCUUGGCAACCUCGCGAACUUUGUGUUGGGGUAA